AUGAUUCCCAUCAAGAAACGAGAAUACGAUAAAAGAAAAUUCAUAAAUAGGCGAAAGCGACAAAUUUAUAAUUAUAAAAUAAGUUCAAAAAAAGAUGAAAGGAACGUUGAAAUAAAAAUUACCAAAGGGGUUAAUUCAAUGGAAACUCAAAACUUUGAACGUUAUAAACUAAAUGCCAAGACUGAGAGUCUAUGGAAGAGGGAAGAAAAUAAUAAGGAUGUACGGGAUUCUAUCCUGUUCAGGGAUCCUUUUUCAUCACGAUACUCAAAUGAUCAAAUUUCGUAUUUGAAAGGUGAAACAAAGUUGACCUUAAACACUUCACUAAUCAUUUUUGGUAUUACGGGCGCAUCUUUGGUGGUUGUGGUGAUCUUAAUCCUUAUAAUCCGAAGAACAAAUUUUUGUAAAAACUUUACAUCAUCUUUGGUGAAAAAUACAUAUCAACAUCGACAUUUGCUCAAAAGAGGCAAGGAUUCCACGAAUCAUGACGAUGAUAAAAUCGUUCCAGUUAUUGUGUCCAAUGUCAAGAGCGAAGAUGAUGAUGAAAUAACCAAAUUAACUCCCGUUGCAAGAUUUUCUUCUUCGAGACGUCGUAAAAGCCGUUCUUCGAUUACAAAAUUCAAUUUUAGUCCACAAAAUUCCAUUAGGAAGAGUAACUGCAGUCGUUAUGAUUUUUUGAAAUCUAAAAUUAAUUAUUUAGAUCAGGAUUUUAAUAAUUAUUUUAAACCUGUCCACGGUUUAUUCGAGAAGGAUUUGAUAGAAGAAAUUGAUGAAACGAUAAAAGAUGAUUUUGUUUUCAAUUCACUGCCCAAAGAAGCCGUUAAUUGGGAAGAAUGUAUGAGAUAA